CCGAUUUACACGCAAAUGGUUUCAGUCACUGGGUUAAUGUAGAUAAUAAACGUUGACAAAAAAUGGCAAAAAUUACGGUUUUGAGUUUUCGCUUGGUUUUGGUGGGCUGUUUAAUAAGACUAGGUUCGUCCCUAGAAUGCUUCACAUGCAGCAGUCACAUCGGCAUCACCAACCCAAUAAAUGACUGCGAACGAUUCAACUUUUACGAGAACCAUCGGAAAUCCGUGUGCCAAAGGGGAGAACAAGUGUGUGCUAAAUACGUCGUCAAUCAUGAUGGUAUGACUUGGGUGCACCGCUCCUGCAAACCCUACGACAUUUGCGAGCAGCUCAGGAGGAGGUACAGCUUCUUCAGAAAUGGCAGAGAUCAACUUUUGGAGUGCUCCACGUGUUCUGAUAGAAACUUGUGUAAUUCUGGAUCAAUCGUUGGACAGUCUUUUGUGGUUAUUCUUGUUGCUUUUAUUGUCAGUUUGUUGUACUAUUAAGAUAAAAGAUUUUAACAGUUUUUUGAUAAUAACCUUAAUCUGUGCUAUUUUUUGUUAUCUAUAAAAAUGUAUAUUUUUAGAAAGUGCUUUCCUAUGAAUAAGCAAAAUUGGUUUACCACUUGAAGUUAAUUAAUAGAUUGUUAUGUUUAUAGAUUUAAAUGUUUAUAAAAAUAGAAGCAUUAUAUCCGUUAAAGUGGACUACUUUUGAAGCCAGUCACUUAAGCUGAUUUUCUAGGGUUUGGUUACAAAAAGCUGAUUUUAAUGCUGAAUUUAAAAAAAUAUAUACUAGAAACUAGAUACAGAAUUUUCAGAAUACACUCAAUUUAAUUGGGAAUAGUGUGUUCAUUUUUAAUGCCUAAGAAUUUUUAAUUUUAUUUUAUUUAAUUUUUUAAAUUUGAGUAGUAGGUUUCAAGUAUGUCUUUGAGCUUCCCAGAAUAUUCGUUAUAGAUAUUUCGAGUGUAUACUCGUUUGUAACAUUCCUGGAAUGCCUUUGUCUUAUUAGGUUUUAUAU